CCUCUCGGUCUCCCGCCAUCGCGUCCAGCUGUGGCCCUCACAGGGCACGCUCGCUGGCUCUCACCUGACAGGUCCCUGGCCUCAGGACGACAGCCAGCAACAACACAUUCCCUACAUGAGGGACAAAGCGACGCAGACCCCCAGGGCCUGGGCAGAUGAGAGGAGGAGGGGCUCUCACAAACGCUCGGCCUCCUGUGGGAGCACCGACCAGCUCAAGGAGAUUGCCAAAUUGCGGCAGCAGCUUCAGCGCAGCAAACGCAGCAGCCGCCAUCGGAGAGAUAAAGAGCGCAAGUCGCCGUUCAAUGGCAGCCACACCAUCAUCCAGUCGCAGUCGCCUAUGCCCAAGACCAUCCUGAUCCCCAUCCCUAUAUCCAAGUCGUCGGCCCCUCGGUUCCGCAACAGCGUGGAGGGCCUCAACCAGGAGAUCGAACGCAUCAUCAUCCGAGACACCCCCGAGAAGGACGAGACCAUCGUUCCACAGGAUGUCCCAGAUGGACACCGUGCACCCCCACCCGUCCCCCCACAGCGCAGCAGCAGUACCCGCAGCAUCGACACACAAACUCCCUCAGGGGGCGGCCUGAGUAGUAACCAUAGCAACUGCAGUAGCCGUCCCGACUCCAUCUCACCCUCCUACCUCACUGUCCUCAAUGACACGGGUGGAGGCAGCCCCUACGAGGACAAAGAGCUGGGCCCCUGCUCCCCGCUGCCUAAAUACGCCGCCUCUCCCAGACCCAACAACAGCUACAUGUUCAAGAGAGAACCUCCAGAGGGCUGCGAGAAGGUCAAAGUGAUCGAGGAGUCCAUGCCCAAACCUCUGCAGGAGAUCCCUCCCUUCCUGUGUCCCGACCGCAACAAGGUCAACUUCAUCCCCAACAGUGGCUCUGCCUUCUGCCUCGUCAGCAUCCUCAAGCCCUUACUCCCUGCCCCGGACCUCAACUUUCGCCCCGGGGUGGGCCUCCGAAGCCUGUCCCCGUCCCUCGUGCCUCUGUCCACCCAACCCUGCCUCUUGGAGGAGCCGGAGAGCUUCUGAUGGCCCCCGUGGCCUUUAUAUCAACUAACAUGCCCCCCUCAGUCCCCAAAAACAACCAACGAAAUCAGAAAGCAUUUGAGGAAACAACCGUUUUUGCUCCAAAAUAAAAAAAAUUAAAAAAAAUGCCUUCAGCAUGCCAGCUCAGCUCUCUCUGAUGUCCUUAUCUUCUUCAAAAAGCGCUUCCCACUGCCUCUCCUCCUCAGACGAUUACAACGUGAGAGUCCUGCAGCCCUGAGCAGGUGUUAGCAGCUAACAUUUCAUCGCUUUCUUCUAACUUUAGUGCUGGUUUACGUUCAUGUUUUUUGGGAGGAAAAAGGGCGAAAGGACUUGACUCUUUUAUUUCAUCGUAUUAUACCAUGGCGCCUUUCCACGGACAUCUCUUUUUCUAUCUGUAGUUAUUUAUCUUGAUAUAAAAUAUGCCUUCCAUUAUGAUGACAACAAAAAAAAAGGCUGCUGGUUUCCUUGGCGACCACGAGAUUGACCACGGAGGCUAAUUUUGGUGCUGCCAAAUAUAUCGUAGCAAAACUUGAAGGGUCGUGAAAAGGAGCAGUUAAAAAUGUGCCUGAUAUUUUAGACCGCUCAGUUUCCCUAAACCGCCAUAGUGCUCUGAUCAUGUCUGACCGUUGCCAUGACGCAUAUUAUGGUCUUUGCACUAUGGUGGCAAUAGGUACAUACUAGAAAGGCAAGGCCAGGCAAGAAAAAAUUCAACUAAGCAUGUAUUCAGACCACCUCCAGACAUCUGUUUGAUGUUUUUACUAGCUGUUUGUCAUGAAUGCUGACUGUAAACUUGUUCAAGCUGAUGCCUUCGUUACUCUAACUGGUAGCAGUGAUCUGGUACCUGCCAGGCGGUGUGUAUCUAAGGGAAACACAGGCCAGGGCUAUGAUGUGUGCAGCGUGUUCAACCUGUGUCUGCUUGCCCCCUCCUUCCCAAGCACCAGCCUUUUUUUACUCCACCACUAUCACUUCUUCUCCUAGCUCUUUCCCUCCCUUUUCUUUCCCUCACUGUCACUCUGAUGCUGAUUUUCCUUCUGUCUUGCUCAGCUUGUGUUGUUGUGAAAUGCAUCCAGAAGGGGUCGCCUGUCCUCAGUGUGGACGGGCUGCCUCUGGCUGGCCGGGGCCUGAACAUGGAGUGGCCAGCGAGCCCAAAUACUACACUGAAGAUGGUAGAUGGGCUAGUACGAGCUCAAUACCUCCAUUUUAAUCUACAAUUCUACAAGCUUCACUGGAACUUCAUUACCGUUCAAAAGUGUGGGGUCACUUAGAAAUGUCCUUAUUUUUGAAAGAAAAGCAGUUUUUUUCAGUGAAGAUAACAUUAAAUGAAUCAGAAAUCCAGUCUAGACAUUGUUAAUGUGGUAAAUGACUAUUCUAGCUGGAAAUUUUGAAUGGAACAUCUACAUUGAGAAAAAAUGAGUAAGGUUUGUGUCAGUGACACUGACAGAGCAGCAGCACAUGCAAGUAAUGCCACCAUCAGUCUUGAGGAUUCUAGAUUAAUUGAUGAUUAGAAAACCCUUGUGCAGUUACGUUAGCACAUGAACAAAAGUUUUCAUGGAAAAUGUGAAUUUGUCCGGAUGACCCCAAACUUUUGAACGGUAGUGUAUGUUCCAAAUAAUUUUUUCUGUUGCUUCGUUAUAAAUGUACAGGUCUUUGGCCACAUUGCCAAUAAGUGAAGAAGCUCCUGAAAACCAUUUGUCCGUUUUUGAGUAAUGUUGCUAACACAGACAGACAGACAAACGUACCUGAUUGUCACAUAACUCCGACGCAUUCCUUGGCAGAGUAACUAGCUGGUGAAUGUUUUAUUGGCUGUAGAAUCAGACCUAAAGGAGAGUGAAUAUUACACUUAGAUGUAGAAAACACUUGACACUUAUUUCUGCUGCCCCCAAGUGGCCCAUUUUACUAAGCAAGCAACAAAUAGCAACAGCUAAAUGUGUAAAAAUAAAAUACCUACUUCAACCCAGUAACAAAUGCAGGAAAAUAAAAAAAAUCCCAGAUGUGGAAUGACCAAAAAUGUCCAAACAUUGCAGCAAACAGGUGAUCCAGAAACCAGGUUUUCAGGGCUUCUUUUUUAAUUAUUUUAUCAGAAAAAUUUAGACUUUUAAACCAGACAGUCUAGUUUUAGGUAGCAGUGUAAAGACUCUCGGUGUGGUUUCCAGGUCGGCAGCUUCUCCAUGCUGCGCUCCAUCCUCCUGUAUUCCUGUUAUGCGUCAUUACUACUUGACUGUGCCUGCGAUGGUGGGAUAGGAAUGUACCGGAUUUGUAAAUACAGAGGCACACUGUGUUUGUAUUAUCGGCUGACAAAGAUAUGUAUCUAAAUGAGUCAACAAGUGUACCAUAUGACCCCCUCACCUUCCUCCUCCUCCUCUUUCUCCACUAAGUACUGUGAAUUACUACGUGUCAUUAUUGUGAAUAAUAUUGUAUUUAUUUAUCGGACAAGGAGAGCAAUUGGGUUUCAGAGAAUUUUAAAUCAAGAAUAGAUUACAUCAUCCAUCUCAGGUUGUAGAGAAUAGGAUACGAAAAAAAGAAGAUAUACUAAUUUUUCAGCGCACACCUAACAAAGUCUACACAACUAAGAGGCAGCAAAACCAACAGCUGCUGUCAAUGUAGCCUCAACACAGUGGAGAUCCUGAAUGAUGUAAACCUGUAGCAGAGUAGAAGUAGAGAGAAGUGUGGAUGUCAUUUGUUCAGUGGCCUGAUUUGGAGUAACAGGUCACAAAAAACACAAAAAAAAUGUUUAAACUAUGAAAGAAAUGAAGGUUCCAAAAUGCUGAAAACAAUCACACCAAAAGCGACGAUCUGAUUUAUUGUUUUUAGACGUCUGUUUACAAAAAGAAGUAGUAUAAAAGAGCAGGUUAUACAUGUGGAAAUAGAAAUUUAAUCCAAAGUUUUGGGUUUUUUUUUCAUGGAUAAACAGCAUUUUGGAAGAGUUUGAGACGAGAUGAACUCAACUCUGUUUGCUUGUCCGGUUUACUGGAAACAGAACUGCCAAGUUUUCAUCUGUUAAACCCCUUCGAGUGAAAUAAAAAGGCAUAGUUGAAUUAAAAAAUAAAAGCAUCUGUGAUUGA